CUAAUGUAUUAGUGUAGGCCAGGCAAUACAAGAAAGUAGUACAUAUAUAUCUGUUGCAGGGAUGAGAUGCUAUGAGCAUGUACGAGUAUUUGGUAGCAUGCAAUGAUUUCGGUGGAGCUUCAUAAGCUUCAAGCUUCAGCUUCAUUAAGCUUCAUUCAUCACCAUCACCAUGUUCAAAAAGUUCUCGCCUUCCACAGAUAUUGCAAGCCAGACGCCACCCAAGUCCUCUGUACAACGAUCGAUAAGGGCCGCUGUACUUCAACAGUGGAAAGUCGACGCAGAGACUCUCGAAGAGAUCUGGCCCAAGAAAGAGACUCUGAUCCAUGUGAAAUGCAGAGAACACAUUUCAAUAUACACCGUCCAAAGCGUACCCCUCUUUUUCCAGCAUUUUGAUGGGCCUUUCUACCCCACCCUUCGGUUACUCCAUCAAUAUCCUUCCAUUCUACCGAAAGUUGGCGUCGACAGGGGCGCAAUCCGCUUUCUGCUUGCGGGGGCACCUAUGAUGUGCCCUGGACUAACUUCAGCUGGAGGUUACCUUCCGCCAUCUGAAGAAGCAUUACCCAAAGGUACCGCCGUCGCUGUACAUGCUGAAGGAAAGGAGCAUGCUGUUGGAAUCGGGAUCACCGAGCUCGGUACGGAAGACAUGCGGAAGCUGAACAAAGAUGUAGCUGUCGAGAUUGUCACCCAUCUGGGGGAUGAUCUGUGGGCAUUGCAGAAUCUGUAGUUACUGCCUCGUUGGGCGUACAGUACUAGAUUGUCAACAAAGAGCUCGCCUCCAUUGCAACCUUAUCUUCAAGUCAUAACUCAAACCUUCCGGAUAUCUUUGUAUCUGCAAGUACUGCUAGUACUUGCCCGUGGCCAUCAAUACUAGGAUCUCCGGGCUUCUGUGCAAGCCGGUAAAAAUGUCUUUAUAU